AUGACAGCUGAUUUAUCAAAUCAAAUUCCAACUGUAUUAAUAAUGUUAGGAAUAAUUUGUUUAAUUGGAAUAUUUGGUAAUACACUUGUAAUUAUUGUAUAUUCAUUAAAACAAGAUCGUUUAACAGCUACAUUAUUUAUACUUAUAUUAGCUAUAUCUGAUUUAUUAGCAUGUGUUACACUUAUACCUGGUACAAUGAUUAUAGAAUAUCUUGAAUGGAAUAUUGAUUCAACCUUUUUAUGUAAAUUUUAUUAUUUUAUAAAUAAUACUUUUAUUCCAUUCAGUAGUUUAUUAAUUAGUUGUAUUGCAUUUGAUAGAUAUUUUUGUUUAUGUCAUCCAUUUAAAAAUAUUUUAACAAGAGAACGAGCUAAACGUGAUUUAGUUCAACAUUUACUGUUAGAGUUGAACAAGUUCAUUUUGAUACAAAUAUAA